AUGCACCAUCAGCCUCGUAAUGCGCAGCCAUGCAUCGAAUUGAUCUCUCCUGCGCACCCAAGUUUAAUCUGCCACUUAAUUUACCUCCGAACAAAUGAAAUCCAAAUACGCACCCCCAUCCGAAGACAGCUUCAGGCUCAGAAACAUACCGACUCAACUCCGUUAUUCAGCCUGUCCUUGUUUUGGCUCGUUUCUGACGGCCACCUACGGCAGACGCAAGCCGGGCGGGACUUGAUUUGGGACCCGCCGGAUCCACUUCUUGAGGCCGUCGUCUCCGUGAGAAAGUGGGUGUUUCGGGCAUCUGCUGUUUUUACAUUUGUGACGAGUGGCGAGGGUAUUUGUUAG